UAGUAUCAAUUGGGUUCAUGGAGGCUGCCAUUUUUAUUCCUUGAAGUAAAAGGAUCUCUCAUUGGCACAAAAUUUAGAGACUUCAUUUAUCGUCCAACCAAAAAGGAGCUUUCAUAGUUUAACAGCGUCAGAACCUCCUAUCCCAAGAUGGUUAGAAGUGAGAGUAAAAGCAGGGAAAGAAAGAAAAGCGGAUCAGAGAAAAACAAAGAAAAAAAGAAGAGGACAAAGUCAGCAUCUAGUAGUGGUUCAGAUUCAGACAGCAGCAGUUCAUCAGGAAGCUCAAAGGGAAGAGGUAGAUCAAGGUCCUCCUCAUCAGACAGUAGUUCUAGCAGUGGAAGUAGUAGUUCUGGGAGUAGUUCAUCCUCACGGUCCGGGAGUUCUAGCUCUAGUGGAUCAUCAGACAGUGACAGGCCCUCUAAGAAGACUAAAGAGGCAAAGCGAAAGGCAUCAGAAUCUCCUAAAAGGAGGAAGAGAAGCCCAACACCUAGACCAACCAAAGUUCACAUCGGACAGCUGACUAGAAAUGUCAAUAAAGAGCACAUUCAGGAGAUAUUUACGGUCUAUGGUACACUGAAGAAUCUAGAUGUUCCAGUGGAGAGAGUUCAUCCAAACUUUAUCAAGGGAUAUGCUUACAUAGAGUAUGAAAAACCAGAUGAUGCAGAGAAAGCUAUUAAAUACAUGAAUGGAGGUCAAAUUGAUGGACAGGAAGUGACAGCUGCUGCAGUACUGCCACCUAGGGUGGUGUCCAGACCUCGUCACAGUCCUCCUCACAGACCACCACCCAGGUGGGAAAAUAGAGAAAAUAAUAGGAGAGGAGGAGGAGGUUCCCCUCCUAGAGGAUCAUACAGAGAUCGCAGGAGAUCACCUCCUCGUAGACGUUCCCCGCCAAGAAGACGAUCAAGGUCAAGGUCACCAGCAAGACGUAGAAGAUACAGCAGAUCAAGUUCUGAUUCAUCUCACUAAUGUUUUAAUGUAUUGUGUGUAUAUAUGUGGAACUGUGUUGACUGUUUGUCAUGUUAAAGUCACUUGAAUGUAGGUUAUUUGAUACCAUAAAUAUUUAUACUGAACUCCAGAUCAAGUAAUAAAUAUUGUGGAGAAACAUGUUUAUAAUGUGGGAAAUUUAAAAUAGUCCAUUGAUUUAUGUUUUCAUACUUUUUAUUCAUUUUAUCUUCAAUCCUGUUCUAUUUUGGAUAGAAAACCGUUACUUUGGUUUAAAGUUUAAGAAAUUGUGAAUAAAGUAAUUUUCUGGGAAAAUAGGGUGGUUAGAAGGCAUUCCAAGUUAAGGGCUAUUUUAUUAAAUGAAUGUUUGCAUACAUCAAACGGAAUAAAGUUAAGAUUUUGGCAAUGGUAGCCCACAACUAAUUAGUUGCCAAUUUUAUAUAGUUCUAUACUAGAAAUACAGAACUUUGUGAGCCCACAACAUAUUUUAGAGGCCAUUGGUGAGUUAGCCUUGCUAAUUUAAAACCCUGAUCAAAUCAACAUUAGAUCAUAAAUAAUUCAUGACACUUGUCAUAAAAAUAACCCCCCUUUCUAUCCUACAAUAUUUGUAUAAAUGAAUAGCCCUAUAUUAACAGCAAUAUCAAAAAGAUGCAGAAAUAUUUCAUAUUUAUUCACUUUAUACAUGGGCUCAUUUAAGCUUGACAGGCUGAAAUGUUGUCUAUUGUUGUACAGUAGAUGAUUUUUGAUUUCUUUGUGUUGUGUUGUUUUUUGGUUUUUUUUCUUUCUCAUUUGAAUAUAUUUCAAACAUCUGUAUUUCUAUGAAAAUCAAAUUCUGUUCACACAAAUAAUUAAUCAAAGAUAUCAAGUAUCUGAUCGAUAGAAUUAACGGUCAAGUUACAUUUUAUUAUCAUUAUCAUUGUACUUCAUAUUUUUAUUACUUACAUCUUUCAAAUCAUGUAACUAUAACUUCGCAGAUUAAACUGUAGAAUAUAAAGGUUAUGAGGAUGUGGUCUGGUUCAUUUUUAUCAGAUAAUUAAAAACAAUGAAUGAACUGAAAAAUUGUAAAUAUAAUACAUGAACAUUGUUUUUAAUUAAAUAAAUAUAUAGAUGUAA